AUGUUUUAUUCUGAAACAAUUCUUUCAAAAAAAGGGCCUUUGGCAAAGAUUUGGCUUGCUGCCCAUUGGGAAAAAAAGCUUUCAAAAUCUCAAUUUUUACAAACAAGUAUUAAACAAUCAGUUAAUGCAAUUGUCAAUCAAGAACAAAUCCCUAUAGCACUUAGGUUAAGCGGGCAGUUGUUGUUAGGAGUAGUAAAAAUUUAUUCUCGAAAAGCACAUUAUCUUUUAGAAGAUUGUAAUGAAGCCUUAAUGAAGAUCAAAAUGACUUUUAAAUCAGGAAAUGUAGAUCUUUCUAGAAAUAACACGAAUGUUACACUUCAAUCAGCACAAUUAGUGUUACCAGAAAUGAUUACAGAAUUUGAUCUUUUAGUACCUGAACCUAUUUUUAACAUAAUGGAUGUUGAUUUGAAUAUGGAUAGUCUUAACUUCUCUCAUGUUUCAAAAAAGCAAGAUAUUACGCUUAUAUCAGCAUUUGAACCAUCUAUUGAAGUUGGUCGAGGGAAUUUACUAGAUUUGCAGAAUGAUCCUCUUAUCCAAGUUAACGAAAACAAUGAAAUUGAUUUGGAUCUUGGAAUUGGGAACAAUGAUUUGCAAAACGAUGUUUCUAUUGAAGUUGGUAGAGACGCUGCUCCAGAACCGCGUUUCAGUCAAGAAUUCAGUAAUAUUAUUGCAUCUGAGAAAAAUAUGAAUUCAAGAAUUUCUGAAAUGGAUUUAGAUAUGGUUGAAAACGAAAAUUAUGCGGAAUUUAAUGACAUACAUAAUUCUUUUGAACCUAUAACAGAAUCUUCUAUUCAUCAAAUAGAAACUAUGAAUCGGGAUGAAAGAUUAAUAUCAGAAGAUAGAGAAGCAUCAGUAGAGAGUGGAAAUGAUAUGUUAAGAGGUGAAAUGUUAGAAUUCGAAGAAUUGAAAGCAGGGACACCAGAAGCUAGAAAUAAACUAACUCAAUUAAAAAGUCAACGAUCACAGCAUAAAGCUAUUGAAGAUCCCGUUAUUGAAAUAUCUUCAAAAGUCUUUUCUUCUCAAUUGCGGAAUACAUCGCUUAUUACCAAACAACACAAACUACUUUCUUCUGAUUCUACUUCUUUGAAAUUAAUUCAGCUUCAAAUGUCUGGAAAAUUUGCAGCGCAUAUAUUCCAGCCUUCAAACAUUCACCCGUCAAUUGUACGCUUACUUAAUCCUGGUUCUGUUCAUUCUACACAAUUUAAUUCAUUUAAACGAAAACGUAUAGAAGAUAUAAAUCAAAAUAACAAUGAAUUAACAAAUGCAUCUAAAUAUGCUAAACUAGAUUCAUUCAAUACUAAAAAAUUCGAUUUAAAUACUGAUUUAACCAAUAAUAACAUUGAAGAUUUUGAAUUGGGAAAUGAAAGCACCCUAUUUCCCACUAAUGACGAUUUAAAUUUUAUUUGCGAUGAUCCAGAGCCUAACUUUGAAGCUUCUAAAUUAUCUCCAAACAAUCUUACUCUUAAACAAAAUGAAGAGACAAAAUUAAUAGAUGAAGAAAUGCUUGAAAUAAAUCCUUAUCACAAUCCUUUAAACCUAAUUACUGUCUUAAGAAAUAGGUUUGAUACAAAAGAAAAUAGGCCCCAAAAUAUCGUCAGUUUUAAAAGUCUUAUAAAAAAUGCGACGCGUGUAAAUGCUUCAAAAGCAUUUUUUGAAAUUUUGGUUUUGGCUACCAAAAAUGUUAUAAAUCUUGAACAAAAGAGAAGUUAUGAAGAUAUUCAAAUUAACCCAUCUGAUAAUCUUUAUGAUAACAACAUAGAAACUUUCUUUAAAAAUCAAUCAAAUAUUGAAAUUUAUAACAAUACCACUAUGAUCGAGUCUUUAGAAUAA